CGUCCCUCCAGCCCUCAGGACCAGCUCACAGGACUGAGGACAAAAGGCAUUUCUGCCCCCAGCCAUGAGCAGGCGUGUGGUUCGGCAGAGCAAGUUCCGCCAUGUGUUUGGGCAGGCGGCAAAGGCCGACCAGGCCUAUGAGGACAUCCGUGUGUCCAAGGUCACGUGGGACAGCUCCUUCUGUGCCGUCAAUCCCAAAUUCCUGGCUAUUAUCGUGGAGGCUGGAGGUGGGGGUUCCUUCAUCGUCCUGCCUCUGGCCAAGACAGGGCGAGUGGAUAAGAACUACCCACUGGUCACCGGGCACACUGCCCCUGUGCUGGAUAUUGACUGGUGCCCACACAAUGACAACGUCAUCGCCAGUGCCUCAGAUGACACCACCAUCAUGGUGUGGCAGAUUCCGGACUAUACCCCUGUGCGCAAUAUUACGGAACCCAUCAUCACACUCGAGGGCCACUCCAAGCGUGUGGGCAUCCUCUCCUGGCACCCUACUGCUAGGAACGUCCUACUCAGUGCAGGUGGUGACAAUAUGAUCAUCAUCUGGAAUGUGGGCACUGGGGAGGUGCUGCUGAGCCUGGACGACAUGCACCCAGAUGUCAUCCACAGCGUCUGCUGGAACAGCAACGGUAGCCUGCUAGCCACCACCUGCAAAGACAAGACCUUGCGCAUCAUAGACCCCCGAAAAAGCCAAGUGGUGGCGGAGAGGUUUGCAGCCCACGAGGGGAUGAGGCCCAUGCGGGCGGUCUUCACGCGCCAGGGUCAUAUCUUCACCACGGGCUUCACCCGCAUGAGCCAGCGAGAGCUGGGCCUGUGGGACCCGAACAACUUCGAGGAGCCAGUGGCACUGCAGGAGAUGGACACAAGCAACGGGGUCCUACUGCCCUUUUACGAUCCCGACUCCAGCAUCGUCUACCUGUGUGGCAAGGGCGACAGCAGCAUUCGGUACUUCGAGAUUACCGAUGAGCCGCCUUUUGUGCACUACCUGAACACGUUCAGCAGCAAAGAGCCGCAGCGGGGCAUGGGUUUCAUGCCCAAGCGGGGGCUGGACGUCAGCAAGUGCGAGAUCGCCCGGUUCUACAAGUUGCAUGAAAGAAAGUGUGAACCCAUCAUCAUGACUGUGCCUCGCAAGUCAGACCUGUUCCAGGACGAUCUAUACCCGGAUACGCCGGGCCCAGAGCCGGCCCUAGAAGCGGACGAAUGGUUAUCGGGCCAGGAUGCCGAACCCGUGCUCAUUUCGCUGAGGGACGGCUACGUACCCCCCAAGCACCGCGAGCUCCGGGUCACCAAGCGCAACAUCCUGGACGCGCGCCCGCCCUCGGGCCCCCGCCGCAGCCAGUCCGCCAGCGACGCCUCCUUGUCGCAGCAGCACACCCUGGAGACGCUGCUCGAGGAGAUCAAGGCCCUUCGCGAGCGGGUGCAGGCCCAGGAGCAGCGUAUCACGGCUUUGGAGAAUAUGCUGUGCGAGCUAGUGGACGGCACGGACUAGCGCUGCGGGCGGGGCAAAGCUCCGCGCCAGGCAGGCGGAGCGGGGCGGGGCGCACAAGCUCGGCCCCGCCCCGGCCUGUGGACCCGGACUCCAGACCCCGCCUUCCUGGGUUGGGCCGGGGGCGGGGCUGGGACGGGAACUCCGCCCCUCUCGGGAGACCCGGACAAAUGAAGCGUAGGGGAGCCCCGCGUCCGUCCGGCUGGGGCCGGGCUGCGCACCUAGUCCAGGACCCUGCUGGAGCUGGCCUGGGGAGGCCUAGGGUAUCGGGGCCUCAGCAAUGGUGCUGCACGGCGAGGUAGUGUUCCCUUUGUCCCCCGCCCAGGGCAGGGAAAGUGCUUAGUAUUAGCGGGAUGCUUAGGGGGAUAUUGGAAGCUUGAGCUUGACCUCAAAGGGGUGGCGCUUCUAUGGGUCUCCCCAUAAUGACUGGGGAAAAUGACGGCGCUUCUCCUAAUCAGCUCACUCGAUUCCACCAUCCUGAGUGGUAAACCAGACAGGCGUCACCCCAGUUCUGCAGACACAUACACAACCCGUUUGCUGCAGAGCCGGACCCACUGGCUGCGCCCACAGCGAUCUAUGGUAGCGGGCUCUCUUCCUUCUUCCCACCCGACCGGGGAGAGGGCGGCUUCCUCGCGGCAGCCCCCGCGGAGAAAUCGCGGGAGAACUGACAUGAGGAAGCAGGCUCACCACACACACACACACAGCCCCCAGCGCUCUGCUGUGGCCUUGACUCUGUGAGGAAAUCAAGUCGUACCGAAUGAAACAUUCAACAAAGUGCUCAGUCUGUGCCUCCUGCAUGGGUGGGGGUGCGGGGACGAGACCCCCCAGCCUCUGCAGAUGCUACCCUAGCCUCCUGGGGAACCUGGCAAUGAAGCCCUGGGCUCAGGCACCACCAGGCAGCCUCAUACCCUACAGCCCUCCCCACACUGAGGUUCAGAAGGACCCCCAACCCGCACCGUGGGCGUUCCUCCCCAGUAAAGUCAGGUAGGAAAAGCCUC